GCGAGCUGCGAGACGAAAUGGCUCCACGGAUCUCGCUCCCUCGCAAGGUCUUCCCACUCCCCUUCUCCUCCCGCCUCAUCUCGUCGUCCGCCGCGGACCACCAGGCAACACCGUCGGGACCGUCGAUCGGCUCUCCGGCACGCAUCCAUAAGCUGAUCGCCGCUCAGUCGGACCCCCUCCUCGCCAAGGAGAUCGUCGAGGUGGCCUCCUCCCUCCGACCUGACCUCCCGCUCCACCCCUCUUCCUUCCAUUCCGUCAUCCUCAAGCUCGCCCGUGCCGGUCACCUUUCCGCCGCAUCCUCCCUCCUCCGAUGCCUCCCCUCCCCCUCCCCCGCACUCCUCUCCUCCGUCUUCCUCGCCUUCUCCCGCCACCGUCGCCCCGACCUCGCCCUUUCUACCUUCCGACGCAUCCUCUCCUCCCCCUCCAGCUCCUCCCCUCCCCGCCCUAAGCUCUUCCGUCGCCUCCUCUCCGCCCUCGCCGCCCACCCGUCAUCCCUUCCCGUCGCCCUCUCCCUCCUCAAGUCCUCCGCCUCCUUUGGCGUUCCCGACUCCGUCCGCGCCCACAACGUUCUCAUCCACGCCUUCGCCCGCUCUGGCAACGUUGCCGUCGCGUACUCCCUCUUCAACCGCAUCUUCACCGUCGGCCUCGCCCCCGACGUCACUUCCUACCGGAUCCUAAUGCAAGCGUUGUGCCGGAAGAGCCAGGUCGGCACCGCCAACGACCUGCUCGAUGAUAUGCUCAACAAAGGCUAUGUCCCUGACUCACUCACCUACACCACCCUCCUGAACAGCCUCUGCCGUAAGAAGCGGCUCCACGAGGCCUACAAGAUGCUGUGCCGCAUGAAGGUACGCGGCUGCAACCCGGAUAUCAUCCAUUACAACACGGUGAUCGUUGGGUUCUGUCGUGAAGGAAGGCUGCUUGAUGCAUGUAAGGUGAUCGAGGAUAUGCCUGAUCAUGGGUGUUUGCCAAAUCUUGUCUCCUAUACGACACUGAUACAUGGAUUGUGCUCACGAGGAUUAUAUGAUCAGGGUCAUGGGUAUCUGGAGGUUAUGGUGGGGAAGGGACUCGUACCGCACUUCUCAGUGUUUCAUGCAUUGGUCAAGGGGUUUUGUUGCGUGGGGAAGGUGGACGAGGCUUGCAGGGUCCUGGAAACAAUGCUAACGAAGGGGGUGGCCCCGCAUGCGGAGACAUGGGACUUGCUUGUUGCUGGAGUUUGUGACCAUGAUAGGGAGAAGCUGGAGGAUUGUGUUAGGAAGGUGGUGAAUGAGGAAGAGUGGAGGAGAAGCACAAGGCACAUUCAAGUUGGCUGUGGAUUGGAGGGAUACAUGACCAGGAGAACGAGGGCCGGAACCAGAAAUGGAUACUGAUACUUCUAGGAUUACAAGGUUUAGAGCAUAAGAAAGACUGUUCCAGAACAGUAUGUAAGAGUUGCCAGAUUGUAGAAUAAUGAUGUAUUGUUUUAUUGAUGAGAAGCCAUUACUGAAGAAAGGGAAGCUAUAAUCUAGACCGAAGGACGAGGAGUACUUUAUUUGUCAUAAGGGCACCUUUUGGCAAGAAAGUAUGAAUCCAGCUGUUUUUGUUCCUCUCAGCAAAUCGAACCUUUGGGGUCAGUGAAAUGCAGCAUGCGCGGGAGAAGUUGGAGCUGGAAUGCUCUGGGGCAUCAGAUGUGAUAUCCAACACAUACUAGUUUUCUGUAGAGUUCUUGCAGGUUAAGAUGUGCACCAGAGAAUAGAUGAUGUAUUGUCGCUCCUGUUCUUCAAGCAAACGAUAAACAGUGGUGCUGUUAUGAUGUGGCACCCUAAGAAGCAGAGUUUCUUCAUCAAAGUUCAAAAUUGUUUCUCGUGUCAUCAGAACUCUUGGGGAGGCCGAGGUGCAUGCUACUGGGGAGGGCUCAUCAGAAGAAAGUAACUGCAAGGUGGCUCUCAUCAGUGUUCAUAGAGAAUCCAACAAGCUGCACAAUUGGUUGGCCGACAAUGAUAGGGUUUUCUUCUCUUUGGGACUAUACCUAUCUGGCUGGUGGACUCCAUUAACUAGCGAGCAGGGACUGACUUGUUGAUGUUGUUGCCCUGUAAUGGAGUAAAGUGCAGAAGUCUAUCAACCAUCUCUCAUUUCCCUGCUUGAGAAGGAUCCUUGCAACCCCGCAAGUAAACAGAGAAAGAAAAUUGAGAGAAAAAGGAAAGAAGAGGGAGAAGGAAAAGAAUAACAGUUUCUCCAUAGUUAUUUCACUCUCCUGGAGGACAGAACCGAUUGACUCCAACUCUGAGAUUGAAAAUUGGGGGUACUGGCAACAGCAGGGGACGCUGGGGGGGUGGUCUUAUGUGCGCUGUGGGAGCCUGUGGCUGAUGGAGGUUCCUCUGAGAUCUUUGGCCUGUGUUUCCUGGUUUUCUUCUUCACCUUCUUUUCAUCAGCAGCUAGUUGACUCAUUAGGUUAGAGCUUAUUUGUAUGGUAUAUGAAUCCGCCAUUCCUGAAUGCAACAGAAUAUAUUCCAAGGUUUAAUCUUCGUAAUAGAAUUGAAAAAAAAAAAAAAAUCAGCCGGACACAUGAAAUCAAAUGUUUAAAAAGCUCAAUUG